UUUUUUGUCAAAGUCAAAGAAAGUUUAAGCCAUCGAAUUUACAAGAUCUCUCUCUUUCUCUUUCUAUCUCUCUCGUUAUGCAGUUGAACAAUUUACCGAAUCAUUUCUUCAUCUUCAAACUCUGAUGCCGAACUUGUCCAUUGUGGAAAAAGUAUUCAUUUCAAUUUAUGUGAAUGAACCCGCCUCUCAUCUCUUAUCUUAACGUCUUCAAAUCUGCCUGAAAUCCUUCAAGUAACAGUGAAUGGUACAAUUGGCCAGUUGGAACCUUGCUUGAAGCAUAAAUAUAUAACAGACUGAAGCAAAUAUGAGGCAUCUGUAUUUGGAGUCUGGAACAAAUUCAUUUCAUGGAGAAUUCAGUGACUGUCCUGUUAAAGCUAUCAAAGGUGCUUUAGCAUGCAUGGUUAACUCUGAAAUAGGAGCAGUUUUGGCUGUGAUGAGAAGAAAUGUAAGAUGGGGCAUUCGUUAUGUGGCAGAUGAUGAUCAACUAGAGCAUUCUCUAAUUCAUUCCUUAAAAGAAUUACGAAAACAGAUUUUUUCAUGGCAACAUAAAUGGCAUAAUAUUGACCCGACCAUCUAUCUCCAGCCAUUUUUGGAUGUAAUUAAAUCAGAUGAAACUGGUGCGCCAAUAACAGGAGUUGCUUUGUCUUCUGUAUACAAAAUAUUAACCCUUGAUGUGUUAGAUGUCUAUACAGUGAACGUGGCCAAGGCUAUGUGUCUGAUUGUUGAUGCUGUGACGACCUGUCGUUUUGAGGUGACUGAUCCAGCCUCUGAAGAAGUGGUGCUGAUGAAAAUUCUACAGGUUCUUCUAGCAUGCAUGAAGAGUAAAGCAUCAGUCAAGUUGAGCAAUCAACAUGUGUGCAAUAUAGUGAAUACAUGUUUUCGUGUUGUACAUCAAGCAAGCUCAAAGGGAGAAUUGUUGCAGAGGAUUGCACGUCAUACAAUGCAUGAAUUAGUUAGAUGCAUUUUUUCUCACUUACCUGAUAUGGACAAGAACGAAGAUGCAGUCGCUAAUGGAAGCUCCAUUGUUAGCAGAGAAGUUGAUACAUUGGAGAAGGAUAAUGCUUUUGGAAGUAAACAGUUAGAAAAUGGAAAUUCUACAGCUCAAAGCAAUAGUCAACCAUCAAUUUUGGAUACUCCAAGUAAUCUAGUGGAUAUGAUAGAGAGUGGAAAGGAUGAUAGCAAGAUAGAGAUUGGCAAUGGGAUGGAGGCUUUUGACAAUGGUGAAAAACUUAAUCUAGAGCCUUUUGGAAUCCCUUGCAUGGUGGAAAUCUUUCACUUUCUCUGUUCUCUUUUGAAUGUUAUUAAGAACAUUGAAGUUGAUCUUAGAUCAAAUACUUUAGCAUAUGAUGAAGACGUUCCGCUAUUUGCUUUGGGUUUAAUUAAUUUGGCUAUUGAAUUGGGUGGUCCUUCAUUCAGCAAGCACCCAGCAUUGCUUUCUUUAAUUCAAGGCGAGUUGUUCCGUAAUUUAAUGCAGUUUGGUUUGUCGAUGAGUCCACUAAUUCUUUCAACAGUAUGUAGCAUUGUUCUUAAUCUGUAUCAUCAUCUGCGUACUGAGCUGAAAGUGCAGUUUGAAGCAUUCUUCUCCUGUGUGCUAUUGAGGGUAGCAGAAAGCAAGCAUGGGUCUUUAUACCAACUUCAAGAAGUUGCCAUGGAGGCUUUGGUUGACCUCUGCAGGCAGCAGACUUUCAUGGCUGAAAUGUAUGCUAAUUUUGAUUGUGACAUAACCUGCAUUAAUGUGUUUGAAGACCUUGCUAACCUAUUAUCAAGAAGUGCUUUUCCAGUGAAUGGACCUUUGUCUAGUAUGCAUAUUGUUGCACUGGAUGGUCUGGUAUCCAUGGUUAAGUGUAUGGCUGAUAGGAUCGGAAAUGAAAUGUCCCUUCCAGAGGAGGCAUCAGCAGAUCUUGAGGGAUAUAAAGAAUUUUGGACUGUAAAAUGUGAAAACUAUAGUGACCCUAAUUUUUGGAUUCCACACAUCCGUAAGAUGAGACACAUUAAGAGAAAGUUGAUGGUCGGAGUGGAUCACUUUAACCGAGAUCCUAAGAAGGGUCUAGAAUUCCUCCAAGGAAUGCAUCCAUUGCCUGAGAAGCUUAACCCUCAAUGUGUAGCAUCUUUAUUUCGGUAUACAGUUGGGUUAGAUAAGAAUCUUAUUGGAGACUUUCUAGGAAAUCAUGAUGAAUUUUGUAUUCAGGUGCUUCAGGAAUUUGCUGGAACUUUUGAUUUUCGAGGCAUGAAUUUGGAUACUGCAUUGCGUAUUUUCUUAGGAACCUUUAGGUUGCCUGGAGAAUCACAGAAAAUACAGAGGGUGCUUGAAGCAUUUGCUGAGAGAUAUUAUGAACACUCACCCCAGAUAUUGGCUAAUAAAGAUGCUGCUCUCUUGUUAUCUUAUUCACUUAUAUUGCUGAAUACAGAUCAACACAAUGCACAGGUUAAGAAAAAGAUGAUCGAGGAAGAUUUCAUCCGCAACAAUCGAUGCACUAAUGGAGGGAAAGAUUUUCCCCAAGAAUAUCUGUCAGAACUUUACCGCUCAAUUUGUGAAAAUGAAAUCCAGAUGAUUCCUGAGCAGCGUGCUGGUGUUCCUUUGAUGACAUCUGGUUGCUGGAUUAAUGUACUGCACAAAUCCAAAAUUACUAGUCCUUUCAUUGUCUCUGAUUCUAGAGAACUCCUUGACUAUGACAUGUUCACAAUAUUGUCAGGUCCUGCAAUUGCUGCUAUGUCAGUGGUUUUUGAUCACACAGAAAACGAAGAGGUUUUGAAAAUAUGUGUUGAUGGAUUCUUGGCGGUUGCCAAAAUUUCUUCCUCGUACCAUUUUGAUAAUGUAUUGGAUGAUUUGGUUGUCUCUCUCUGCAAAUUCACUGACCAAUUGACUCCAUUAUCUGUUGAUGAUGCCAUUUUAGCCUUUGAAGAAGACAUCAAAGCAAGGAUGGCAACCACAACUGUUUUCACCAUUGCAAACAAGUAUGGUGAUUACAUUCGUGCUGGCUGGGAAAACAUAUUGGAUCGUGUCUUGAGCUUCCACAAGCUCGGCCUUCUACCUGCUCGGCUCAUUAAUGAUGCAACUGAUGACAUGGAGCUCUCUUCUGAUAUGGAAAGAGCAAAGCCUGCUCCAAGUUCUUCCUUACCAUCACAGGCACCGUCAGGAACCAAUCCAAGGAAGUCAUCUGGUUUAAUGGGUCGGUUCAGCCAACUCUUAUUUUUUGAUGUUGAAGAGCUAAGAUCACUGCCAAUUGAGGAACAGCUUGCAGCUCAUCAGCUUAGUUCUGAAACCAUAAAAAGUUGCCAUAUUGAUAGCAUAUUUAUUGAGAGCAAAUUCCUCCAAGCUGUGUCUUUAUUGCAACUUGUGAAGUCACUUAUCCUGGUUGCAAGCCGUCUAAGUAAGGGAACUAGCCCUGUGGAGGAUGAAGGUUCUGCAGUGUUUUGCUUGGAGUUGCUGAUUACAAUUACACUGAAUAACCGGGAUAGGAUUAUGCUUAUUUGGAAAGAAGUUUAUGAUCAUAUAUCCAAUAUUGUUCAGUCAACCAAAAUGCCAUGUACUCUUGUGGAAAAGGCUGUGUUCGGGCUCCUUAGGAUAUGCCAACGAUUGCUUCCCUAUAAGGAAAAUCUGACGGAUGAGCUCCUCAAGUCACUUCAACUGAUACUGAAACUUGAUGCUCGUGUUGCUGAUGCUUAUUAUGAGCAGAUUACACAAGAAGUUAUUCAUCUUGUAAAAGCAAAUGCCAGUCAUAUCAAAUCCCAUUUAGGUUGGCGCACAAUCACUUCUCUCCUAUCCAUCACAUCUCGGCAUCCAGAAGCAUCACAAACUGGAUUUGAGACACUAGCAUUUAUCAUGUCUGAGGGGGCAUACCUUUUGCCAUCUAACUAUGUUCUUUGUGUUGAUGCUGCAAGACAGUUUGCUGAGUCUCGAUUGGGGGAUGUUGACCAGUCUGUUUCUGCUCUAGAUAUGAUGGCAGGUUCUAUUGCUUGUCUAGCAAGAUGGUCUUCUGAGGCUGAAAUUACAAUGGGGCAGGAGGCUGAUACAAAAGUGAGUCAAGAUAUUGGGGAGAUGUGGCUGAGGCUGGUGCAAGGACUAAGGAAAGUGUGUCUGGACCAUAGAGAAGAGGUGAGGAACCAUGCUAUUUUAAUGUUGCAGAGGUGUAUGGCUGGAGUGGAUGAGAUACACCUUCCUAUGGCCCUAUGGUUCCAGUGUUUUGAUCUGGUGAUCUUUUCAUUGGUUGAUGAUUUGUUGGACAUUGCACAACAGAGCUCCCCAAAGAAUUAUCGAAAAAUGGAGGAAACACUUGCCCUAGCUAUGAAACUAAUGGUGAAAGCAUUCUUGCAGCGACUACAAGAUCUGUCACAGCAACCAUCCUUUUGUAGACUAUGGUUGGGAGUGCUCGAUCAUAUGGAGAGAUUCGUGCAAGUAAAAUUCCAAGGAAAGCAUAGCGAGGAGAUAUAUGAAUUAGUUCUUGAGUUUCUCAAGAACAUAUUGCUGGUGAUGAAGACAACAGGAGUUUUGGUGCCGAGUUCUGAUAUUGGCAAGGAUAGCUUUUGGCAAUUAACAUGGUUGCAGGUGAAGAAUAUUUGUCCAACUUUGCAAUCAGAGGUAUUCUCAGAUGAGGAAUUACAACAAUUGUAGGCAAAACACACAAAUUUAGGGGGAGUCCCUGCACCUGAUGAGACUCAGCAUGUUCCUCCUAGUGAGACAACAGUGUGAAGCUAAUCUUUCAGGAUAGAGUUUCAUACUAUACUCUUGAUAUAUUUGAAAUAUAGCGGCUCAAUAAUGUCUCCCUUGAAUUGGCUGCUCCAGUUGUUUAACAAAGGCAACAUUUUUCUGGAGUUGGCUAUCCAUAUUUACAGUUGAGAAGUUUCAGAAUGUCACUCAUUUGAAGAUUUGCUGAGGAUACAUGGUUAAAGUGGAAGCACAUGUCAGAUAUUAAUUCAUCAAGGUUGAGGCAUCCUAGUUUUUGGCGGAAUUGCUAAAUGAUUUUUGCACUCCAUGGACUCACAGGAGUUUUGUUGCAGAGUGCACAGUUUCCCUUUGCCUUCCACCAUUGGGAAAAAUAGAUGCUUGCAUAAUUUUGUUGCUAGUACUUGGUUGUUAAUCACUAUACCAAAAUUUUCCAAAUUGCACCAUUUUGAAUCUCUGUAUACUUGGUGUCAUAUAAUAUUCUAUCACAGAACAUUUUUUUUUCGUGGGAA